AUGCCACAAUAUAAGGUUGCAGAUAUCUCUCUCGCCGCAUGGGGUAGAAAAGAAAUACGUCUGGCAGAAAAUGAAAUGCCCGGUCUCAUGUCCCUCCGCGCAAAGUACGGCCCCUCCAAACCGCUAACUGGUGCGCGUAUUGCUGGCUGUUUGCACAUGACCAUUCAAACCGCUGUCCUCAUAGAAACGCUCCUCGCCCUCGGAGCAGAAGUCGCUUGGAGUUCGUGUAAUAUUUUUUCCACUCAGGACCAUGCUGCUGCUGCUAUUGCCGAGACUGGAGUUCCAGUAUUUGCGUGGAAGGGCGAGACGGAAGACGAAUACAUCUGGUGUAUCGAGCAGACGUUGUCUGCGUUCAAGGAUAACAAACCUUUGAAUUUGAUUCUUGAUGACGGCGGGGAUUUAACUGCGUUGGUACACGAUAAAUAUCCUCAAUAUCUUACCGAAAUCAAAGGAAUAUCAGAAGAGACAACGACUGGUGUACAUCAUUUAUAUCAAAUGCUCAAGGAGGGUAAACUCAAGGUUCCUGCCAUCAAUGUCAAUGACUCUGUCACAAAGUCGAAAUUCGACAAUCUCUACGGAUGUCGAGAAAGCUUGAUUGAUGGAAUCAAGAGAGCAACUGAUGUGCAGAUUGCCGGAAAGGUCGCUGUCGUUGCCGGAUAUGGAGAUGUAGGAAAGGGGUGCGCAGUCGCAUUGAGAGGAAUGGGUGCACGAGUUAUAAUAACGGAAAUCGACCCUAUUAACGCUUUACAAGCUGCCAUGGAAGGUUAUCAGGUAACAACAAUGGAAGAUGCCUGUUCAAUAGGCAACAUUUACGUAACCGCGACUGGUAACCGGGACAUCAUAACCGGCAAACAUUUUGCCAAAAUGCCCGAGGACAGCAUAGUUUGCAAUAUCGGCCAUUUUGAUGUGGAGAUUGAUGUUGCCUGGCUCAAAGAAAACUCUGAAUCUCAUGAAAACAUCAAACCACAAGUCGACCGAUACAAAGUUAAAGGUGGAAACCAUGUGAUUCUUCUCGCACAGGGACGAUUGGUUAAUUUGGGAUGCGCAACAGGACACCCAAGUUUCGUAAUGAGCAAUAGUUUUACAAAUCAGGUACUUGCCCAGAUUGCCCUAUGGACAGAUGCUCAGAAUUAUCCUCUCGGAGUCCAUAUGUUACCCAAAAAAUUGGACGAGGAAGUGGCUAGGCUACAUUUGGAUAAGUUGGGCGUGAAAUUGACGGUCUUGAGUGACGAACAAGAGAAGUAUUUAGGAAUUAGCAAGGCAGGCCCAUUCAAGCCUGAACAUUAUCGCUACUAA